AAUCAUCAUAGAUUUAUCUUAUUUGAAAAAUAGUGAACUGUAUUGAUAGCACGAUUGGCCAAAAGUAGCGUGGUGUGAUGUGUAGGUGGGGACAAAUUAUCAGCGCACAGUUCAUGGAGCAGUGGGGCAGCGCGUCAGUAUUCUGCGAUUGCUCGCGGUGCGUGAACGUACGUUUUGACGUUUCCAACAAAUUUCUAGUUUUUUUUUUUAAAUUGACUGUAAUUGUCUAAUAAUCAAAAAUUCAAGCAAUAUUUCAUUUGGAACGCAAGUCAGGAUGCCGGAAAGCAAGGAAAACGGACACCGUCAAGUUAAAGUUUGGUGCGACGGUUGCUAUGACAUGGUCCAUUUUGGCCAUGCCAACUCACUCCGUCAGGCCAAAGCUUUAGGUGACUAUUUGAUUGUGGGAGUUCACACAGACGAAGAGAUCUCCAAACACAAGGGCCCACCUGUCUUUACCCAGGAGGAGAGGUACAAAAUGGUCAGAGGCAUCAAGUGGGUGGAUGAAGUGGUUGAAGGGGCCCCCUAUGUGACCACCCUGGAGACACUGGACAAGCAUGACUGUGAUUUCUGUGUGCAUGGGGAUGAUAUCACCAUGACUGCUGAUGGUGUGGACACCUAUCAUCUUGUUAAAGCUGCUGGCAGAUACAAGGAGGUGCAGAGGACGGCGGGCGUGUCGACAACCGACCUGGUCGGCCGGAUGCUGCUCUUGACGCGCAACCAUUUCCGCCAAGGUCAGUAUGAGUACGAGGUAGCCAAAGACCACUCAUCCAACCUGGGUCAAGAUUCCUCGGCCAGGUCCCCGUGGACCGGAUGUUCGCAGUUUCUGCCCACCACGCAGAAGAUCAUCCAGUUCUCGAACGGACAGUCGCCACGUCCGGGCGAUCGCAUCGUUUACGUGGCCGGCGCUUUCGAUCUGUUUCACGUAGGUCAUCUCGAUUUCCUGGAGAAGGCCAGACAGAACGGUGAUUUUCUGAUUGUCGGCCUGCACACCGAUCCAGUCGUUAACCGGUAUAAAGGGAAGAACUACCCGAUCAUGAAUCUCCACGAGCGGGUGUUAAGCGUGCUCGCCUGUAAAUAUGUUUCAGAGGUGGUGAUCGGGGCGCCGUAUAAGGUAACGCGCGACCUGAUGGAGCACUUCAAGAUCGACAUCGUCAUACACGGGCUCACGCCUGUGAUGGACGACGAAGACGGCGAGGAUCCCUACAAGUAUCCGAAAGAGAUCAUGAAAUUCGAAACGGUCGAUUCCGGCAAUUCCAUGACAACAGAGAAAAUCGUCGAUCGCAUCAUCCGUAACAGAAUCGAGUUCGAGGCGCGAAAUUGCAAAAAGGAAAAGAAAGAACUCGAAAUUUUGAAGCUGAUGGAGAGUCAGAAGUAAAUAGCGAUACGGUUAUGUGAUUUAACGGCAAGUACAAAUUUUUUAAAGAAAUCCGGGAACGUGCUUUAUUCCCAGUUAUAUCGAAAAAUAUAAUAUGAUAAUCGCCAAGUUAUUUUCAAGGCUAGUUACUUAAAAUUCGAUAAUUUCCACGUACUAAAUUGUAACGGCGUAAUAUAAAAUAUUGGACGCAAAAUUGAAGAAACGUUCCUCGGGGCUUAUUUACUAUUCAUUCAUUACAGAAAAAUGUAAUUAAAGAUGAAUUUGUGUACAUUAAUUAUAGAAUGAAACAAUUAGCUUGUUUGUAAUACGUAUUUAUAAACGUUUAUUUGCAUUUUUUAAAGCAUCCUGUUGUCUAUAUAAUUAAAAUAAUUAGUAAUUGUUUGAACAUCCAGACAAAUUGUUUUCCGAUAUAAUUGCGACUCCACGUUUUAUAAACUUCGUGUGUAAACGUGUUAUUUAGGUAAUUUUGCAAUUGUAGUAAACUGCUGUGUCCAUAUUAAUGUGGAAAUUUUAUGUUGCGUUUGUACUUUUACAUGAGGAUUUAUAAAAAAACAAUGGAACUUUUUUAAGUGAAUUUCAAGGUUACAAACGGAACUUUAGUCAUAUAAUGUAAAUAGUAGGGUCUUUUCUAAUAGAAAUGAAUUAAUUCCAGUGCUUUUACCAAACUGUUGGCGGUCAAAUAAAUAAUGAACGACGAACUUUUUAAGAAUAUUAAGUCUGUAAUUAUUCGAAUUGGUUCAAUUAUUAUGUUAACAGUAUUUUUGUGUAUUGUAAUUUAUUUGGCUGUCUUACAUUUAUAUUUAACUGUGCUUGCCUAGUCAGUAAUUUAAUUAUUGUUUAUUUUAUUUUUAGACAAUGUACAGUCUUCAAGCAUUUAAAGCCGUUGAAUUUUAGAUAUACACGAUUUUAUCAAGGUUUUUAGGAUGAUUUUUUUUUAGAUUUUACUAUUUUAUCAUAUUUUUAUACUUUCUGGAAACCAGAAUGUUUUAACCUCAGAAAAAUUGUACAAGUUUAUUUUCAUGUAUAGUUAUUAUUUAUUGUAUAUAAUGUCUUCAAUAUAUUUUAUUUUAUUAAA